UUCUUCGGUUCCUUUUUUUUUUUUUUUUAAGCCUCUUUUUAUAAUUUUUGUUGCAUUUGUUCGAAUCGAACAAGGAGAAUUCUGGUGGGGAUAGAAGAAAAUUUGAUCGAAUCUGAAGGUUUUGGCGCCUCAAAAAUGGCGGGGCAGAGUCCAAACAUGGAUCAAUUCGAGGCGUACUUCAAAAGAGCAGAUUUGGACGGAGAUGGUCGGAUCAGUGGAGCCGAAGCUGUUGGCUUUUUUCAAGGAUCUGGCUUGCCCAAGCCUGUUCUCGCCCAGAUAUGGUCGCUUUCUGAUCGAUCAGGGAGUGGCUUCCUUGGUCGGCAAGACUUUUACAAUUCCCUGAGACUUGUGACAGUAGCGCAGAGCAAGAGAGACCUGACACCUGAGAUUGUUAAUGCAGCACUCAACACUCCCGCCGCAGCCAAAAUACCAGCGCCUAGAAUUAACCUUUCAGCUAUCCCUGCACCCCAACCUAAUCCUGCUGCUACCACACCCCGUCCGGUUUCCUCUCCUGGUCAGCAGAAUAUUGGGUUUAGAGGACCAGGUGCUCCGAAUGCGAAUGUCGUCAACCAGAAUUAUUUUCCACCUCAACAGAACCAGCAAGUGAGACCUAAUCAAGGAGUAUCUGGGCUAACUUCAUUUAGACCAACUGCUGGUCCAGAGUAUAGACCAAGUGGCUUACCAGGUCAGUUUCAGCCAGGUCCUGUUGGUAUUGCUGCCACUCGUCCUCCUCAGGCCGUUCCCACUAAUGCAUCUGGUCCUGGUGGUUCUGAAUAUAGAUCAAGUGGUGUACCAGGUCAAUUUCAACCAGGUCCUAGUGGUAGUGUUACUCGUCCUCCUCAGGCCGUUCCCACUAUUGCACCUGGUCCUGGUGGUUCAGAAUAUAGACCAAGUGGCGUAGCGGGUCAAUUUCAACCAGGUCCUGUUGGUAGUGUUACUCGUCCUCCUCAGGCUGUUCCCACUAGUGCAUCUGGUCCUGGUGGUUUCAAUCUUAAUAAUUUGUAUGCUGGAAGCACCAGCGGAUACUCGUCAGGCUUUGGAGGGGGCAGCUUAGCAGCAGCACCAUCUCCUGGCUUGAAACCGGAGUCACAAAUUGAUCCAAGAGCGCUGGUUGUAUCUGGAAACGGAGGUGACAUGUUUUCCUCCUUCCAGCAAAAACCACAACCCACUCUGAGUAAUUCUUCAAUCAGUUCAGCCAUUGUUCCUGCUUCUGCUCCUCCACCGAAACCUAGUGCUCUCGACUCGCUACAGAGUACUUUCUCAAUGCUGCCAGCAGGAAAUCAAUCUCAGCAGCCAAGGCCAGCAGCAAGCUCACAGCCGCCUGCAUUGUCUUCACAGGGUCCAUCUUCCGGUUUGCCACCUGGAAGUGCAGUUGGAUCCGGCCAUCCAACUCCUGCUGGAAAUAAUCAGCCUCCUUGGCCUAAAAUGAAACCAUCCGAUGUCCAGAAAUACACAAAGGUAUUUAUUGAAGUUGAUAGUGACAGGGAUGGGAGAAUCACUGGUGAGCAGGCAAGGAAUCUGUUUUUAAGCUGGAGGCUACCCAGGGAGGUAUUGAAGCAUGUGUGGGAAUUAUCUGAUCAGGAUAAUGAUACCAUGCUGUCUCUCAGGGAGUUCUGCAUUUCAUUGUACUUGAUGGAGCGGUAUAAAGAAGGCCGUCCUCUCCCACCGGCACUUCCUAGCAGCAUCAUGUAUGAUGAAACACUGUUAUCUAUCUCAGGCGCACCUAGUCGAGGUUAUGCAAACGCUGGAUGGGGAUCUGGUCAAGGUUUUGUUCAGCAACCAGUGAUGGGUCCGCGGCCAAUCACUCCAGCCACUGGCAUGAGACCGCCAGUCCCCGCACCAGCCCCUCAGCCUGGCAGUGGUGUAGCUUCUAAUCAGCAAAGGAAUCAAGCGCCUGCUUUGGAUGAUCCUUUUGCUAGUCACCUAGGUAACGGAUAUUCUCCGAGCUCGAGUCCUCAAGAAACAGCAACUGAUGGGGAAAAGGUUGAUGAAAAGAAGAAUGCCUAUAUGGACUCCAGAGAGAAACUUGAUUACUACCGGACGAAAAUGCAGGAUAUUGUCUUAUACAAAAGCAGGUGUGACAAUAGAUUAAACGAGAUCUCUGAAAGGGCUUCCGCUGACAAGCGUGAGGCUGAAACGUUGGCAAAGAAAUAUGAGGAGAAGUAUAAGCAGGUUGCAGAAUUAGGAUCGAAGUUAACUAUUGAAGAGGCCAGGUUCCGCGAGAUUGAGGGACGGAAGAUGGAAUUGAGUCAAGCAAUUGUGAACAUGGAGCAAGGUGGUAGUGCGGAUGGUCUACUUCAGGUCCGGGCUGACAGAAUACAAUCAGAUCUAGAGGAGCUGAUGAAGGCUUUAACUGAACGUUGCCAGAAACAUGGGUUGGAGGUUAAGUCGAAGGCCCUUGUAGACCUUCCACCUGGUUGGCAACCUGGAAUUCAAGAAGGGGCAGCUCUGUGGGAUGAAGAGUGGGAUAAGUUUGAAGAUGAAGGAUUUGGCAAUGAGAUUACUUUCGACAAAUCAAAAGAGCAGAACUCGUCUGGUGAGAAGGAAAACGGUACGGUGGAUAAUGGUACUGGACCACCUGAUUCUCCUACUCAUUUAGAUGAAAAUUAUGGACCUUUCUCAGAAACCUCAGAUCGUCGUCACUAUGAGAGUGAAUAUGGAACAGCUCACGAUGAAGAUGAAUCAGGCAGAAGUCCUAGAGACAGUCCGGUCUCUAGGACUGCUACUGAGGUCCCAUCUCCAAACCAUUCUGAAUUCUUUGAUGACUCGAAUUGGGCAAGUGCAUUUGAUGAUACCAACGAUGAUGUGGACUCAGUCUGGGGAUUUGAUGCGUCAAAAAGCCAGGAUGGAGAUUAUUAUGGUGAAAACUCAGGAAGAGGAGACUCUCCAAGUUCAAGAAGCUUUGCUGGUCAGAGAAAGAGUCCAUUUGGAUUUGAUGAUUCAGUCCCCAGCACUCCACUCUCGAGAUUCGGGAACUCUCCUCCUCGGUUCAGUGACGCAUCAACCAGAGAUAGCUUCUCCAGAUUUGACUCCUUCAACCAUAGUGAAGCUGGCGCUCAGCCAGAGAGGCUCUCACGGUUUGAUUCCAUCAACAGCUCCAAAGACUUUGGUGGAGCUGCUUUCUCCAGGUUCGACUCAAUCAACAGUUCAAGAGACUUCGGUGGAGCUGAGAAACUUUCGAGGUUUGAUUCCAUCAACAGUAGCAGAGACUUUGGUGGUCCUUCGCUUUCGAGAUUUGACUCGAUGAAUAGUACAAAGGAUUUCAGUGGGAGCCAUAGAUACUCGUUUGAUGAUGCAGACCCGUUUGGUUCCACAGGUCCCUUCAAAGUCUCCUUUGAUGAUAAAAGCCCCAAGAAAAAUUCUUUCUAGCCACAGUAAUGAUUAUAAUUCUCUUUUUUUUUAAUAUUUUUUCCAUAUAUUCUUGAUUGAUGAACUUAUGGUUGUUUCUUAAAAAUCUUGUAAAGUUUUUCCUCCAAAUGUUUUUGUCGAGACCAUAGCGUUAGAAGACAUUUGUCUCUGCAUGGGUUUUCUACUGUUACGUCUGUUCUGUUCUUAUAAAUUCAUUUGCUUUAUAUAAAAAAAAAACAUUUGUUGGGAUUC